CGUCCUGUUCCGGAAGAGGAUGAGCAGUAACCAGUUCAACAAGGGCCCCAGCUACGGCUUGUCUGCGGAAGUCAGAAAUCGGCUUGCCCAGAAAUAUGACCCACAGAAGGAAGCAGAAUUACGGGUAUGGAUAGAAAACCUCACCGGGAGGCAGAUUGGCCCUGAUUUCCAGAAGGGGCUAAAAGAUGGCGUCAUACUUUGCGAAUUAAUAAACAAACUACAGCCUGGUUCAAUAAAGAAAAUCAACACCUCUUCUCUCAACUGGCAUCAGCUGGAGAAUCUCUCCAACUUCAUCAAGGCCCUACUUAGCUAUGGCUUGAAGCCUGUCGAUCUGUUUGAAGCCAACGAUCUGUACGAGAGCGGAAACAUGACUCAAGUGCAGGUGUCGCUCCUUGCUUUGGCAGGCAUGGCAAAAACAAAAGGUAUUGAAAGUGGGAUGGACAUUGGGGUGAAAUAUUCGGAAAAACAGGAGAGAGCCUUUGACGAUGAAAAACUCAAGGCUGGACACUGUGUCAUCGGUCUACAGAUGGGCACCAACAAGUGCGCUAGCCAGUCAGGAAUGACUGCCUAUGGAACCAGGAGGCAUCUCUAUGAUCCCAAGAACCAGAUACUACCCCCAAUGGACCAUUCCACCAUCAGUUUGCAGAUGGGUACCAAUAAGUGUGCUAGCCAGGUGGGCAUGACGGCUCCAGGAACCCGCCGGCACAUCUAUGAUUCCAAGCUGGGCACAGACAAAUGCGAUGACAGCUCCAUGUCCCUCCAGAUGGGCUCCAAUCAGGGUGCCAACCAGAGCGGGCAGGUGUUUGGUUUGGGUCGCCAAAUCUAUGACCCCAAGUAUUGCCCCCAAAGCAACGCUGGGGUGGCAAGCAACGCAGCCCCAAUUGAGGAUCAGAACUCAGCCAACUAUUAUUACUAUCAGGAGGACCAGUGAACUGGAUGUAUUCUCUCCCUUGCCCUGUUUUCUCUUCU